GCAGUUUGGGGAUUGGAUGCUUUAAUUAAGGGGAAAAGAAAAGGAUUUUUUUUUUUAUUGGUGGCCUUUAUAGUCUCCCGAUGAGUCUUUUUUAAAUUUCGGAACUUUGUUUAAAAAGUCCUGGGCACCUUCACUGGUGUCUACAUUUCUAUCACUUGCCUCGAAAGCCUUCGCUUAAUUUCUAAAGCUAGGCCCCGCCACGCCAACUUCUUUUCUCUGCAGGGGAGAGAGAGAGAGAUCCGGAAUAAUAAGCUUCCUAGCUUAUGGCGAACUCGGAGGCUGGAUCGAGUAGUGAUGCUGCACGAGCAUUAGGGGGCGAGUAUCAAGUAUUCCUGAAUUUCAGAGGAUCCGACACUCGUUAUGGAUUCACGGAUUUCCUCUACCAUGGCUUGGUAGAUGCAGGAGUCCGCGUAUUCAUGGAUGACACUGAACUCAGUCUCGGCGAAGUGAUUGGUGGGAACCUUCUACGUGCUAUCAACAACUCUAUGAUUUAUAUACCCAUCUUCUCUCAAAAUUAUGCUUCUAGCAAAUGGUGUCUCCGUGAGCUUGCGCACAUAAUAGAUAACGUGUCUCAAUCAGAGGGUAAAAAAAGUAUCAUUCCCAUUUUUUUUCGCGUGAAACCUGAGGAUGUUAAGCUUAAAACUCCACUAUAUAGCGAUGCUUUACUGGAACAAAAGAAGUUAUUUCCCGAUGAAGUCGAGGCAUGGACAAAGGCUCUUGUAAAGGUAGAUGAAAUCAAGGGACGGAUCGUAACAGAGGAUCAAAGCCAAGCAAUGAUUGUCAAAUUGGUUGUUGAAAGGGUUUUGGAGGAACUGAAGCUGAAACAAAGAUUAGUGCCUGAACAUUUAGUCGGACUUGAUGAUCGGGUAAAGCACUUGACAGGGUUAUUAGAUGUCAACCAUCACGAUGUGCGGUUCAUUGGAAUUUAUGGAAUGGGUGGCAUUGGUAAAACAACCGUCGCCAAAGUUGUCUUCAAUGAACUACUUCGCCACUUUGGAAAGUGUUCUAGUUUUCUUGAGAACGUUCGAGAGAAGAUGUCGACCGAGGAUGGCAUAGUCCAAUUGCAGAAAAAACUACUGUCUGACAUUGUUGAUUCUAGAUCUGCAGGAGGAAUCCAGGAUGUUGAACAAGGAAUGAGGCAGAUUGGAGAAGUACUCAGCACUAAGAAGGUCCUUGUGGUUCUAGAUGAUGCUGAUAAUAAAGACCAUAUUAAGAGACUAAUAGGAAACAAUUCAUUACAUUUAGGAUCUAGAAUAAUUAUUACAACGAGAAACAAGACUAUUUUGCAAGGUCGGAAUUUAAAGAUGAAAUUAUACCGUAUGAGAUGCUUAAGAUGGAUAAUGCUCUUGCACUUGAGCUUUUUUGUCGGCAUGCAUUUGGAAAAACCUUUCCAUCGAAUGAUUAUCAUGCGCUUUCCAGUGAGAUUGUCUUAAGGACGGGAGGACUUCCUUUGGCUGUUGAAGUGAUAGGUUCGUUACUUAAUAAGAAAGACAAAGCAUUUUGGGAAGAGACUAAAAUCAAGUUAAGGAAUGUACCUGAGGUAGAGAUUAUGGAGAAGUUGAGGAUUAGCUAUGACGACCUAAAUGAGCACGAGCAACAAAUUUUUCUUGAUAUAGCGUGCUUUUUUUUCAAUGAGAAGAAGACCGAUGCAAUUUACAUGUGGGCCGAUUGUGAUUUUUAUCCAGUAAGAGGAAUUGAUGUCCUUACCAAUAGGUGCUUAAUAAAGAUAUUGGACAAUGAUGAGUUCUGGAUGCACGAUCAACUCAUAGACAUGGGAAGGCGAAUCGUCCAUCAAGAAAGUCCAAAUGACCCUGGCAAGCGAAGCAGGCUGUGGAUUGCAAAAGAAGCCCUUGAAAUAAUAAGAACCAAAGAGGUAAGUAAGAAAUGUCCGAUUUUCAAAUAGAUGUUGUAUAUUCUAAGAUAAAGGAUUCUUGCUUGAUUUAGGAUGUUUAUCAUUUUUUUCCUAUCCAUUCAAGAUUGUAAACCAUAGUGGUUGGAAGUUGACUAACUUAUUCACACCAUUGGAAAAUUUCACUUGCAGAGGAAGAACGAAGUUGAAGCACUCGAGAUAAAAGAAUCUUCUUUUAUUUCUAGAAGGUUUAUACAGUUCACAAAUGAAGAGUUUGAAAAAUUUCCAAACCUAAGAUUCCUCAAGUUAAAAAUGGUAGCUUUUACUGGGGACUUUGCAAGGUGUCAUUCAAAGUUGAAAUGGAUUUCUUUGCAGUAUUUCCAUGAGAGAACUCCUGAUUUCAGGGCAGACAAUAUCUAUUUCAAUGAUCUUCUUGUUCUCAAAAUCGAGAACAAUUACUUCAAAGAUCAUUCAAAAGCAUGGGACUUGA